GAUAAGAAAUCUUUCUUAUUCUUGCUAUUCAAUUAUGAUCGAGCAUAUAUGUGAACUAUCGUUGAAAAGAGAAAGUAAGUUUCCUUUUGGGGGUAUAAAACCCUUGACUUUCAGAAAUGUCUGGACAACCUGGUGUGGUAUUAGCAAACGUACUCCAAAAUGCUAUCUGUAUAUGGACAGCAUGGCCGCAAUCUCUGCUGAAAAAAUAAGGCAUGCUGAGUCUAAAUAUUGGUGGAUAAUACAUCCAUUCAGUUACGCCAGGCACGUGUUGAAUAAAACAGAAAUUAUAUAUAAGACGUUGCAAAUAAUGACUUUACCUUAUGUGCGACAAAAACACACUGUUCUUUCGCUAAAUGAGAAAAUUCGCAGAUUAAUAUGGGAUAUUUUGAUGAUGGCUGUAUACACAAUUGCCUUCUUUACGAUACCUUUUGUGAUUUGCUUCGUUAUAAUGGAUUACGAAUCAAUUCGUGUGGAUACAGUGAAUUUCCCAAUUUAUGUGAUGUGCUGGGUAGAUAUAAUCCUCAAUUGUGUCACGGGAUAUUAUGACAAGAAAACCAUGUCUAUCGAGCUGAAGCCUUCUAAAAUAUUUACGUCCUAUCUGAAAGGAUUUCUUGUGCCGGACAUUAUAUCGAGUUUUCCGUAUAAUUAUGUGACGCUACAGUGGCGAAGAUUACCUGGAAAUAAUCCUCGUUAUAUCGUUACUUUAAUUAAUCUCCUGCCUCUCUUCAAGUUGACACGCUAUUACACUUAUAACUUAAACAUUCAUUAUCUGUUUACGCAUUUUCAAAUAAAAAACUUUUAUUGGGAAUUAUGCACCACCACCCUAUUGCUAGGGCUAUACUUAAUCUUUUGGUUCUCCUGUUUGUGUUACUUGAUACCGAUUUUGCUCAUGUACUUUAUGAACAUCCCGCCGACGGAAUGCGGGGAUUGUUGGAUGAUGAAAUUGGAGGACAACAGUUUCAUAUUCAAAUUUAAAAACGCCGCAUUUAUCGUACUGGAAAAUAUACUAGCAAGUGGCUACGGCCCGUUUGUACCAGAGACAAAUGGCUCCAUCAUUUUCAAUAGUAUUCUUAUGAUUAUCGGCAGAUUCAUUGUGUGCUACAUAUUGGUUAUGUUCCUUCGUAUCAAAGCUGAGAGAAAAUCAUCCGAAUCAAAGUUUCACGAGUUAAUAGAUCAAGUAAAAGCAUACACGAGACAAAAGCAAUUGUUGCCACACAUGGAGAAGCGUCUCCUAGCUUAUUAUCAUUGUCGUUUCAAGAAUACUUACUUUCGCAGUAAACGGAUUUUAUCAGAUCUGACAGAGCCGCUACGCGAAGAGAUUGCACUUCAGUCUUGCCGACGAUUGAUCGAGAGCGUGGCAAUCUUUAAGAACCUGCCAAGAAACGUACUGCAGUCAAUAGUGAAAAACUUAAAAUUCGAGUUAUAUUUGCCAAAUGACGUAAUCAUUAAAGCUGGCAGUCAGGGUGAUUGUAUGUUCUUUUUGUCCUUCGGAACUGUUGCAGUUUUAACGCCAACUGGAAAGGAAGUUAGUUCCUCGAACAUCCAAUACCGAGUUUAUUUAGAGUGCGAAAAAGAAAUUUUAACUCUUUGUUAUUUCGAGAUAUGCCAUUUGGACAACGGUGCCCAUUUCGGGGAGAUCGCGCUGUUAGUGGCGGAUCAACGAAGAGUAGCCAGUGUCGUCGCGAUCGACGUCUGCGAAGUGUAUCGGCUAGAUCGUAAAGAUUUUCGUCAGUGCAUAGACGUGCACAGCGAGCUGUUCGCGGAGAUCGAACGCAUCGCCACGGAACGCAUAGAGAGAACCGUCAGAGUCGAGGAGCAGCACAAGCGUUUUUUGAUGCGUCCUAAUCGCAUGCCGAAAUCACGCAACGAACCAACGAAAAACUGACUUUGCGUAUGUUAAUUACUGCCUCAUUUCACGUAUUGACUUCUUAAUUUCCAAGACUUUAAUCAGAAUAAUUAUUUUAGAUCCUUAAUUAAAAUAAUCCUUUGUGUUACUAUUACACAGAAUUAC